AUGGAGUUUUCAAAACGCGUUGGUGAGCUUGCGCACCUCACACGGCGCUUGAGUCGCGUGCAGACUGACGAAGCACGUUCACGGCGCCUCCUCGCGUCUGCAUGCAGCGCGCCAAACGUUGUGGAAAAUGAAGCAGGGCUCCGAAUCUCGGCCAGCCAGCAACGAGUGCGCUCGCCCGCUUCAGUGCACCACCACACCUUGUCCGGAUGUGCGGCUGCUCAAAACCAGCUGCUGCUUCGACGCAUUCCACUUUCUGUCUCACUGGUGGAACGCAGCUGGUGGAAGCUGGAAUGCCGCCAGCAACAACGGGAAGCACAGCGAGGCGCAGCGCCUGGCACCAUUGCCGGCUCGGCUUCAUCACCGCCGGCUAGCAGCGCCGAUGUCUCCACCCCUUCUUCAGCACCUGUAUUGCAGCCCGAGAAGAGCAAAACUCUAUCGAUUGUGCAGUCCUCACCUGCAGCGUCGCGCCAGCACCUCGAUGCUGUUGCUCUCCUUUUGAAGCUUCUCCACUCGGUCGAAGAGGCGCGUCGACAAGUUCUGCGGAGGAAAGAGAGGACAGCGCAGCGCAGGUGCGCCGCAGCGGACGACAAGUGGCGGAAGUUUCAGGAGGAGCUCGCACCGCAGCUGCGCCGCCGCAAUUGGAAGAGUGGAAAGCAGAACGACGUGCGCAGUGAAGACAGUGUCGCGCUCCUUCGGGGAACAGCCAACAUGCUGCAGGAACGCUGCCGCGCCGCUAAGGAGGAUGAGUCGCUUCUGCGCGCCUCGCUGCUCGCCCGCUCGUUUGUCUCGGCACGCCUCUGGGAACUGCUGCUGAGGAAAACUGUGUGGACGGCGGCUGUCGUAGAGCACAAGCGUGCGGUGGCGGCGACUAGUAGUGAGUCGUCGCUGACGGCACCUCAGGCCACGCGACUGCUUCUCAUGUGCCUCGCAUUCACGCGCCUCUCGUUGGGGGUGUUGCGCGACUACGUGGAGGGGGGAUGCUUCAGCCGGCACGCGCCCCGCUUCGUCGUGUCGAUGCCGUCGCGGUCGUGGCAGUCCCGCAAACGGAAAGUAGACAUCUGUAGCCUCGACGGAGAUGCCGCGCUCCGCGCGGCGGCGGCGGACACGUCAGUCGAAGCCGGCGACGGUGCGCGCGAUUCCAAGGACCGCUCUAGUGUCGAUACAGCUCCGGGCAGCAACCAAGAAGAUGCACUCUUUUCCAUGCUGCAGGAAUCCCUGCAAGCCCCUGGCUCUGCUGCCGCCGACGUCGCACCUGCGGCAAGCGCGCCACGCGCCCAUGACUCCGCCUCGAACAGCACCAAGCGCAAACGGCGGCCGGGCAGAGUGGCGUCCAUGCGAUGGAUUCCACCUCACACGGCGCAUGUGAUUCCGCUCGCCUCGCAGACGCUCGCCCUCCAUAGUCUCGUUUUGCCAGAGAUGGACGUGCCUGCGCUGCUGCGUCUCGGCUGCGCAGCGGAACUAGUCGAUCUCUGUGUAACGCUGCAGCGAUUGGCCUCUUGUGUGCUAGUUUUGUCGCCCCAGCAGACGCCAUCGCUUGCAGACAGCACGCAAGCCGCCAAGUCGCUGCAGCACGCUCUCCACUGCCUUGAGGACGCCAUAACAAUGGUGGGGCGUCAGGUGAAGACACACCUCGUCACUGAGCAAAGCGUGCGUCUCUCUAGCGAGCCGAUAGCGGUGGCGACGACGCCUGGGCGCCUUCAACCUGCGGACGCCGCACGGCUUGCGGUUCAGCUGCACAGACUCCGCCUACUUCCCGUCGGUGACGCAGAUGCCGCGCUCUUGCUGUCGCAGCUGCUGCGCGACAUGUUCCCUGAACUGCGAACCAAGACGAGUCGCAUAUUGAGGGAGAAGGCACGACAGUCUUCCCUCUUGGCAUUUGCCACGCGUCCGCACCGCAUGAAGCUAUACGUGCAACACGGCCGCCGAGGCGCAGAGGGCUACGUACUGGGUACCAUUGUGCAGCAGGCGCGACUGCAGCAGCGACAGCUUGCAGCGGCACUCCGUGCGCAGCACAUCUCCGAGGUUCAUGUGCAGCAACUGGGUGCAUUUGCUGAAUCUCUGCCACCGAAUGAACUUGUUCGACUGAUUCAACUGUGCGCGAGCCACGCACACAGCAGUCACGUAAUGCAGCAGCGAGCGUUGUCCGCCGAGGCUUUCGAUACUCCGGUGACAGGAUGCCUCUUUCUUGCCGAGGCUCUGCUCAUCUCGGGUGCGCUCCAAACAACUCCUGACCAACCAAGUACGCUCUCUUUGCAGGAACUAGCCAUCUUAUGGGAUGCUGCUACACUGCUGUACCCGCUCAUUCGUGCACGGAGGGCGCAGCAGCUCGUGGGCGGUGCUGGUCGUUCGCGCCUUUCGCAUGCGGCAAAGACCGAGUCCGUCAUCUGGGCAACCUUUACCGAACACGUGUUGGUGAUGGUGAACGGGGCUUUGGCACAGCGCCUCCAGAGCCUGGAGAAGCUGCGGCAGCAUGAGUCUACGGCGAUGCGGCGCGCUCGCGUCACGAGCGGAAGGAAAGCAGCGUCAGAUGUCGCCGUCGCGGAGCGUGAGACUGCCUUGAUAGACAGCCGAAUCACGGCCGACGGUUUAGUCAGCCUCGCAGCAGGCGUUCUAGAAUACGCGGAGCACGACGAGAGUGUCUCCACUCGCAGCGCCACCGCUCGCACACACUCUUCCUCACUACCAGUGCAGAAGUUGGUGCAAGUACUCGCUCGUCUGCUGCAAGAGCUGGUCUUUCAUGAUCGGCAACUCUGGCACUCUCUCAGCAUCCUCCCCGCCACCCAGCGCAACGCCGUGGAGCGUCAACUUGUGAUGUGCUUCCAGACUAUGGGUAUGCUGGACGAAACAACGACUCGCGCGCUUGACGCGCUCAGCCGGCGCAGCCACGUCGAGUUGUGA